CCCGAGUGGUCGUAAGAUGUUUGGAUAUUGAAAUACUCUCAUCAAAUUUUUAUCUUGUGCAAUGAGCUCUGUAUUUGAAAUGGUUGACCUAUCCAUAGUGUUAAAUCAUAAUGUAGUUGCCUGAUGGACAGCGUUUAAUUAAAACUACUUUGAGUCACUGUAGACUAACAUGUACACAGUCCAUUCGCAAAUAAUUACUACUUUUCAUUUUCACUCCAUUUUUAUGCAUCAGCUAAAAUUGGCCACAAUGAGUAAUCAAUUCCAUUGUUGGCCUAUGUGUGACCUAGUAGCAGCAAACGCAUUCCUCUACCAUGUGACUUGUGUAUUUUCUGGGUAACUGGGUUGAGCUUUAAUAAACAACAGAGGCCUUGUAUGGAACAAACGAGAGUCGUGCUAAACUUGUGAUUUCAACCAAUUGGAGCAAAGUCCAGCCAGAGAAGAAGAAAUGUUACCUUGCUAAAAAUGGGUCAGGUUAGCGAUUUAUUUGAGCCUUUCCUCCUCUGAUUUAGCUUCCUGCGCAGGUGAAUGGACUCGUUUCUUUCCCCGUGCAGGUUCAGCGUGCUCUGCUCAGGUGUCCAUAAGCUCAUUAUUAAUUAUUAAACUAACUCCCUGACUGGCUGAAGGGACAAAUCAGUUUGGAUAUGUUGCAAUGGAUGAGCUCAGAGAUGGACGUGAGGCAGCAAACAACAAUGGGCGCUCAUUGUAUGGCGUAUAUCCCUACAAGCCCAGUAUGAUUGGCCUGGAGAACCUUGGCGAUCCAUCUGAUUACUGGGACAUUGUGAAGACCAUCGGUAAAGGCACGUAUGGCAAAGUCUACCGGGUGACCAGUAAGAAGGAUGGAAGUCAGGCAGCAGUCAAAGUGCUGGAUCCCGUCAAUCAUACAAGACACACCAACAGAGAUGUGGAUGAAGAGAUCGAGGCAGAAUACAACAUCCUGCGGUCCCUGUCCAACCACCCCAAUGUGGUCAAGUUUUACGGCAUGUUUUACAAGUCGGAAAAUUUAUCAGGUGGACAGCUCUGGCUGGUGCUGGAGCUGUGCAACGGCGGUUCUGUCACGGAGCUCAUCAAAGGGUUGCUGAUGCGAGGCCAACGUCUGCAGGAGCCCAUUAUCGCAUACAUCUUAUGCAGUGCCCUCCUAGGUCUCCAGCAUCUGCACCACAACCGGAUUAUCCAUCGCGAUGUCAAAGGCAAUAACAUCCUCCUGACGACUGAUGGGGGAGUCAAGCUGGUUGACUUUGGCGUUUCGGCACAACUGACCAGCGCACGGUUGCGAAGGAACACAUCCGUCGGGACCCCGUUUUGGAUGGCUCCUGAGGUUAUAGCCUGUGAGCAGCAGUAUGAUUACUCCUACGACGCCCGCUGCGACGUGUGGUCUCUGGGCAUCACCGCCAUCGAGCUUGCGGAUGGAGACCCGCCGCUGGCUGACAUGCACCCAGUCAAAGCUCUCUUCAAGAUCCCACGAAAUCCCUCACCUACGCUGCAAAAUCCGGAGCAGUGGUGCAGAAGUUUCUGCCAUUUCAUCGGCCAGUGUCUGAUAAAGGAUUUCGAAGCGCGUCCUUCGGUGACUCAUCUUCUGGAGCAUCCCUUCAUCAAACAGGCCCACGGCAAAGAUGUGACCCUUCGACAGCAGUUGGCGACGCUAAUCAAGGAGCAGCAAGAAUUGGGAUGUGCAGCCAAAACGAAGCACGAACGGAUCAAUACUCGUAAAACCCUCAUCAUAGAGAGUAGUCCCGAUGACGAUCUGGUCAACCUGGAGUUCUUAGAUGAGGAGACCAUAAUAGGACAUCUCCACAAGAGGUAUGCCGAGCUGCAGGUGUACACGUACGUGGGCGACAUCCUCAUCGCGCUCAAUCCUUUCCAGAGCCUCAGCAUCUACUCUCCGCAGUUUUCAAAGCUGUACCACGGCGCGAAGCGGGCCGACAACCCCCCGCACAUCUUUGCAACAGCCGAUGCCGCGUAUCAAAGCAUGGUGACUUUCUGCAAGGAUCAGUGCAUCAUCAUCAGUGGCGAGAGUGGCGCUGGCAAAACCGAGAGCGCUCAUUUGAUUGUUCAACAUCUCACCUUCUUAGGAAAGGCAAACAAUCGGACCUUGCGUGAGAAGAUCCUGCAGGUGAACCCGCUGGUGGAAGCCUUCGGCAAUGCUUGCACGGCAAUCAAUGACAACUCCAGCCGCUUCGGAAAGUACCUGGAGAUGAAGUUUACGCCCACCGGAGCCGUCAUCGGCGCCAAAAUAUCCGAGUACCUGCUGGAGAAGUCCAGGGUCAUCAAACAGGCCAUGUCGGUGUCAUUCAUGCGCUACACGUUUUCACAGUUUUUCAUAAAAGUAUUGCUUGGUGCCAAGGAAAUAUAUUGAAAUGAGUAUUGGAGCUUGAUUUAGACAAAAUGAGUGCUCUGCCACCAUCUUAGUGCCAAAGAGCUACAUUGAAGUGAGCUGAGAAGCGUCAUUUAGAAAAAGGUGGUGCUUUGCCACCAAGGGACUAUAUCAAAGUGAGGUGAGGAGCUUCAUUUGGGACUCUUCCUUCCUAACCGCUUGAUCCUCACUAGGGUCGCGGGGGGUGCUGGAGCCUAUCCCAGCUGUCUCCGGGCAGUAGGCGGGGGACACCCUGAAUCGGUUGCCAGCCAAUCGUAGGGCACACAGAAACGAACAACCAUUCGCACUCACACUCACACCUAGGGACAAUUUAGAGUGUUCAAUCAGCCUGCCACGCAUGUUUUUGGAAUGUGGGAGGAAACUGGAGCACCCGGAGAAAACCCACGCAGGCCCGGGGAGAACAUGCAAACUCCACACAGGGAGGCCGGAGCUGGAAUCGAACCCGGUACCUCUGCACUGUGAAGCCGACGUGCUAACCACUGGACUACCGGGCCGCCCUCAUUUGGGACUGUCGAUG